AGACAAGGUCUGGGGCAGGGUCACACGGUGCCUGGUGGCUUGGUGGGUCCCCAUCCCACCAGCCCCCAGGCAGCACGGCAGGGCUCCUGGUGCCACACCAAGGGCAGUACUGAGGUGGAACAUCCUUCUGGAGUCCAUGCCUUGGUGCCUCCACAGGUCCUCAAGGCCAGAAGGGAUAUAAGGAGAGGGCUGAGGGGAGCAGGCAGUCACUUUCUGCCUGCAGACUCCAGAACCUCCCUCUGCCCAUCCUGGAAGGCAUUUGCAGAGGGUGUAAAGUGCAGCCCCAGAGAUCAUUCCAUCCCUCAGCCUGGGCAGUAGGAAACCUUGGGAUGGUAUCCCCAACCCUGUCCUUCUUUGCCUGCACAGGUGGCCCUGGUCAGCGAGCCCAGACAGCGGUGGAUGAGCGCUGGGCACUGGCCUAGCCACACACACACACCGGCACCAUGGACUUCGUCAUGAAGCAAGCGCUGGGCGGGGCCACCAAGGACAUGGGGAAGAUGCUGGGGGGCGAGGAGGAGAAGGACCCCGACGCGCAGAAGAAGGAGGAGGAGAGGCAGGAGGCGCUGCGCCAGCAGGAGGAGGAGCGGAAAGCCAAGCACGCCCGCAUGGAAGCGGAGCGGGAGAAAGUCCGGCAGCAGAUCCGUGACAAGUACGGGCUGAAGAAGAAGGAGGAGAAGGAAGCAGAGGAGAAAGCUGCUCUGGAGCAGCCGUGUGAGGGCAGCCUGACGCGUCCCAAGAAGGCGAUCCCAGCAGGCUGUGGGGAUGAGGAAGAGGAGGAGGAGGAGAGCAUCCUGGACACCGUCCUCAAGUACCUGCCCGGCCCACUGCAGGAUAUGUUCAAGAAGUAACAGCACCGUCAACCCUGCCAUAGGGUGCUGGGGCACGGGCGCCCUCUCUCCUACAACUCCUCCAUCAGUUCCCUUGGCCCCGGAGAGGGGGUCUCCACACCCCCUCCCAUCCCCUCCUGCCCUCUCCCCCAACCAGACCAAAAGCCCGCCCCGUCCCGUCCAGGCAGGGCCCCCCCACCACGCCAAAGGGGAGCAGCCCUGGCCGGACAGGGCGAACCGGGACCAAAUGCACUGAUGUAACCUCGCGGCAGG